AUGCUUAUUAGAAUUUUCCUCUUCGCACUAAUUCAAGUCGCAGUUUCCCAUUCAUGGGUUGAGCGCUUAUUCCGUAUUGCGCCUAACGGGACGAUGGUUAACCCUCCAGGUUUCAUGCGGGCUUAUACACCUCGCACUGCGGGAUUCGAUGAGGAAGCCGAUCUGAACCUGAUCCCACCCAAUGGUAGAUCUGACGGCAAGAUUAUCCAUUCAAACAACCCGAUAUGCAAGUCCAUUCAGACUAUUAGCAAUUACAGCAGCGACUACCCUAUGCUGAAUGCUGCUCCAGGAGAUAUUGUCGCUCUACAAUAUCAGGAAAAUGGCCAUACUGCUGAUGGCCAGGGAGGCGAUCAGCGAGGUAGACUCCUCGCAGAGAUGAAUUUCGAUGAUGGUCAGUGCUACCAAAUCAACGGUGGAAAUAUAUCUGUUGAUAGACAAGGUCGGUUCCCGAAGGCUGCCGAGGACCCCCAAGGAAGCGACCUAUGGUGCCAGGCUGACGUCCGUCUGCCUUGCGAUUUACCAGGUGGGACAAUGUAUACUUUAGUUCUCAUUCCGGAAAUUUAUACAUCUUGCAUGGAUAUUAAUAUGACCUCUGCGAGUUUAUGGAAUGAACAAAUUUUCUCCUUUAUAACAGGUCAAGAUCUGAACUGCACAGGAAUAUACAAGCAACUGGAACACAUAGUCAAGGGAUCUUGUGAUUAA